UCCGCCGGAAAGUUGAUGCGGAAGCACACGCACGCAGCGCGCCUGCGCAGAGCCCGGCGUUUGUUUUCCCAGUCGCGCGGGAAGCGGCGUGCGGAGCGGAUCGCCUCGGGAGAUGCUGUGCUGAUGGCGUCCGGGAGCGGCUCGGAUGCGCGGGAGCCGGCAGAGCCGGCGGCGGCGCCUGCAGCCGCGGAAACAGAGGAGAUUGACCAGCGGGUGAAGAGGCGGCGGCUUCAAUGCAUGGGGUUUGCGAUGAUGGCGAAAUGCGAAACCACGAUGGCCCACACCUUCCUGUCGGAGAACGACUGGCAGAUGGACAAAGCGCUGAGCGCCUACUUCGAACCGCCAGAGAACGACCCCGCGUGGCCACGCCAGCCUCCGACGUCCUUCCAGUCCGAGGCCUAGUAAGCGACGGGGGUCGCGGGCGGUUUGCUGGGGGCCCGCGUUGGGCAUCACAAGACCCUACCUGGAAAUGGAAGCCGAUGCCCUCAGGAUGGGCAUCAGAGGGAAGGCCUUUCUCCGAGGGACACAGUCACUUCCAACGUAACUUGCUUAUUUUGGCUUGUUUAUUUAUUGUGUAGCCCUGGCUGUCCUGGAGUUUGCUCUGUGGACCAGACAAGCCUCAAACUAAGAGAUCCGCCUGCUUCUGCACUCUUAGUGCUGAGUUUAAAGGCUUGUACUACGAUCGACUUCUGACGUGAUUUUUUUUUUCUUAGUCAAUGGAGGAAGGAAAGAAAACUC